AUGAUCACGUUCAAGCGUUUAAGUAGUGCUCGCUGGGGCGCCCUCUUGACUUCGAUUGCUGUAUUGUUCUUCCUUGCAAUCACUAAGGGAGCUGAUGCCAAGGCUGGAGCUGAUUUGGCUGACAUCCAAGCCUAUCGACGUUUGAGGACGACGACAGCUGAUGCCUACUACGCCUCGGAAGACAGAGUAUUCUCUGUUGUGAAGGCGUUGAAAGAUCUAGCUCACAACGCGAAACUGACAUUUAGUCUAGACAAGCAGCUCAAGGUCAAUAACCGCUUUGAAGUGCUUCGGGUCAAACAAGUAAAAACCGACGUAUUCUCGAGUAGCGAAUUUACUGACUGGGCGCACUAUGUGGCCAAAAUCUGCAAGAGAGGACGCUUGCCAGCAGAUCGAGCAAUUUUCAAGACGAUGGCGGCUCACUAUGGCGAUGACGAACUGGCGCGCAUGCUGGCUACUGCGAAGCGAACAAGCAGAGACACGGUGGUAGAUCAGCUAAAAGAAAUUCAGCAGAAAAGUUGGAAGGAAAGUGGAAAAAGUGCGGAUGAUGUUUACGCUAUUCUCCAGCUUGACGCAGGAGGCCAAAACGUCUUGAAUAAUCCGGGGUUACCGGCAUGGCUGAGUUAUGUAAAGAGUCCAAGUACCGAUUACAUCGAGGCAUUGCUUUUAAAGCUACGCGAGCAAUACGACGACGUAACCGUGGCGAAAAUGAUUGUUUCAUCACAGAGCGGUGUCAACAAACGCAUUAGCGGGCAGCUCGAGAAGGAACUGAGCACUGCUUGGCGAAAGAAUCACAUUACUGAGAUGGAGGUGUUCCAGCUGCUGAAAUUGAAUGACGCAGGCACUACUCUUUUAAAAAAUCCGAUUUUGGAGAUUUGGUUUCAUUAUGUGUGGAAGAUGAAAAGAAACGACCCUUAUGAGCUGCUGGUCUCGUGGUUCAAAAAGGCUGGUAUUGAUGAUGCGGGGCUCGGGAAGAUGAUCGCAACAGCGAAACAAGACGACAGAAACUAUUGGAUUGCUCAGACAUUGGAGCAGCGUUUGUCUGGCAAAUGA